AGUUGGAUCGGAGAGUGUGUCAAGUCGCAGCGAGAGAGAGGGAGAGAGACAACUCGGCUCUCCUUGUGCACGGCGUUCGUCACUUGUUUCGGUUGUAGCAGUGGUGGUGGUGGUGGUGGUAGUAGUAGUUGUAGUGAAAUCUAUAUAAAGUUUGCAGUGGUUCCACGUGCAGCAUUAGUUUUCGCCCGGGUACCGCCGAGUGGAGUUUAUCGUGUAGUUUCCAUUUGUUAGGAGUUUCAGUUAAAACUGAUUAUACGUGUUAUUCGUAUUGUUGUAAGUGAACACUGUUUGUUACAACAGUAUUGUGCUAUUGUGAGAAUCACUGCUUCGUCACCCAACAAGGUGUUUUUGUUUGUAAACUUGUCUGGAAUAUUUGUUACUGUUGAAUUGAUCGACGUUGCCGCUUGUUGUCAGAAUGGUUAAAUAGGGCUAGUAUGUUCAGAAGUGUCAGACAUUAAUAAUGCGGCGUUCUUCAGAGACACAGUUAGAGAAUACUUUUGUUUUGUAUUUUUUAAUCACGUUUAAGUAUUCAUUUGGUUUCUCAGCCGUGUGUAAAUGGUUCAUUUUCCUAUAACAUAAAUAUUUUAAGCAUUAGAGAAUCGAAAGGACAAAGAUUGAUAUUAACAAUAUUAUUAUUGUUUGUUUAACCGGAAAGACAUUGUGAUGCCAGGAAAAAAAGGGUCAAGAUAAGGUUAUAUCUUAAACUUUAUGUUGUAUAAUCUUAAUUGAAUGAGAAACGAGUGACAGAUGAUAAAAUCGCGCACCGCAGUUGCGUUAAGCUUCAAUUUCAAGUAGAACUGAAAUGUUUAGUGUAUGUAAGGUUUGUUUUACGCGUUUCUAAGUGAAAGUGAGGAAGUGAAACAAGAUGGCUCAGAUCAUUUUCCUGCUGAUUCAAUUGUUGUUGCUGUUUUGCUGUGUUACCACAGCACGCAGACAGGCGCCACUGAUCUCGGAUGAGACUGUCAAGCGACCAGGCAGAGUUGCAGAAUGCCAGUUUGGAAAAUCGCUUCACGAGAUUGGAUCAACAUGGUUUGCAGAUCUGGGCCCGCCCUUCGGCGUGAUGUACUGCAUCAAAUGCGAAUGUAUACCUAUCCAGAAGAAGAGGCGCAUAGCCGCCAAGGUGUACUGCCGGAACAUUAAGAACGAGUGCUCCAAACCGACUUGUGAUGAACCGGUUCUCUUCCCAGGACGGUGCUGCAAAGUCUGUCCCGGUGACUUCAACAGUCCAGACGUGAUGCAGGAAACUCCGUCCAUUCUUACACCUGAGGAAGAAGAGAAGAGCAUGAAGCAUUUCGCCACAUUACUGACUGGACGAACAUCAUCCAUGUUUCAUAGAGAAGACGGGUCACCAUCUGUCAGUUUGCACCAAAAUAACAACAAUUAUGUUGCCACUGGUAGAUUCACCUUCCAUCGCAAGAACCUCUACUACUCAUUCUAUGUGUCUGACCCUUUAUACCGCCCUCGUGCCCUGCAGUUUUCAGACUUUGAGGGUAAUAUUCUGGGAGAACAAGCCUUGUUCAUUGAUGGAGUUACCAGUGUAUAUCAAAAUGUAACUGGCAAGGUGUGUGGCGUGUGGCGGAGAGUGCCAAGAGAGUAUCGCAGGUUGCUGAGGGAAGAGAGGAUGUUUGUCUCAUUGCUGUGGGGUACUGCAGAUCAAGAGCAACAUAUUCUGAGUGGCCAGGUGGCAAGGUACCGAUCCCUGAGCACCGAGCUGUUCACAUCACUCAUGCAGCCAGCUCCAGGGACAGAUUCAUUAACGAUGAAUGGUGCCGGAGGGACAGCCAUCAUAUCUGCAUCCUCGUCUGCCCCUUCAAUACACGUGUCAAUAGUGUUCAAUGGCAUCUUCUCUCCUGAAGAGUUUGCUGAUGUCCCAAUAGUUGUGCGGCUUGAAUCACUAGAAAAGCAGCAAAUAGUACUGCAAGAGGAGGUCAAGAUUGAGAAGCCAGCCCAUGAACUGAAUACUGUAGAAGUUCAGACAGCUGUCUCAAGUGCAGACUUGAGACUGUUGACAAGAGGGAAGUUGGUGGUAUCCAUAGCAUCGAAGAAGAAACCAACAGAACUGAGGCUGGAGGGCAAAGUUAUAACACGAGCUACAUGUGAAAUAUUUCAGGGUGUUCUAUCAUCAGCUGACGCUGACAACACAAAUGAUGAAGAUGAAGAUUCCGAGAAGUCUGUUUCUGCUCAGACAGUAACGUCUGGCAUGGCAUGGAUGUAUAUGAAUCGGGAUGGAGCGUUAGUUUACAGCGUACAGCUGGAUGAACUCAGUCUCGAGGAUUCUCCAAUGCUUGUUCUGGUAUCAGGUCAUCGAAGUGGGGGAAGACGGUCACUGUUGGAACUUGAAGACCUUACUCCAAGUCUUAGCUCAGGCUGGGCAAAUGGUACUAUAGAUAGACUUAGUCCACGUGAACUUGAGCAGUUAUACGCUGGUGAAUUGGCCCUGAAUGUUGCAACAAGAUUGGAACCAAGUCUUGUAAGAGGAAGACUGGUCCCUAGGCUGAUGGCUGAUGCCAGGGACUCCCAUUCACCUGUGCUGCUUAAGAGACCAAAUGAAACAGUACCAGCUGCUUUGGUUGGAAUGGCCUGGCUUGGUAUUGAUUCAGAGUGCAGCUUACAUUUUGAGGUAAUGCUGUCUGGCCUGGCCUCGGAGGACCACAGCCUCAAGUUGUACUUGAAAACACUGCCAUUUGUAGUUCCUGGAGCCCCUGUCUUCAAAAGACUUUUGGAGGAGUUCAGAGGAAGCCACUUAGAAGGUUUUGUGAUGGGCAUAUCACAAAAUGAAUUCCUGAGAAUUGACUCAGGAGUUAAUUUCUUGGAGGUGCAUGAUCACGUUUCAGGAUCUGUUUGGUUGAGAGCAAGACUCAACUGGAUAUCAGUGCCAUUAUCUUGCUUGCCUAAGUACUCAGACAAUGAUGUCCCUGGUAGUACUUACCCACAGAUUGACAGUAGUGUUCCUGAAGCAACUAAAUGCUACCACGAAAUGCAGUUCUUUGAUGAGGGCGCUCAGUGGCGAUCAAAGCAAAACCCAUGCACCAUGUGUAACUGUCAUCAGAACCUUGUAAAGUGUGAUCCAGUUCCAUGUCCACCACUGACAUGCAGCAGCAGGACAGCGCCUGGAGAGUGUUGUCCAUCUUGCACAAAUUCAAGUGCAUCCCAGGAAAGCAAUACAAGUGUGACACGGGGCUGCUACCUGGCAGGACAGUUCUACCCAGCUGGAAAGAGCUGGCAUCCGUAUUUGCCCCCCAGUGGAUUUGAACUUUGUGCGGUCUGCACUUGUGAUGCUAAUACUCUGGAAGUGCAGUGUCCACGAGUGCAGUGCCCUCCUCUAACCUGCAAUGAACAUGAAGCCUUCAGACCAGAUAAGAAAGCAUGCUGUAAACAAUGUCCCAUAAAAUCAGAAGAUGGUAAGGUGCCAAUGGAUCAGCAGAGCCCUAAUGGUACACUUACACAUCGCACUGAUGUGGAUAUCCUGGCAAGCGGAGGCUGCAACUAUCCCGCUACAGGAGAAGUUUUUGAAAAUGGUCAUGAGUGGCACCCAAAAGUACAUUCACAUGGGGAAGUAAAAUGUGUCUUAUGCAGGUGCAAGGAUGGUUCAAUAAAGUGUGAACGCAAAAGAUGUCUUCGAUCAUCCUGCACACCCAGUACAAGUUCAUUUACUUCCUCACGAAGACGCAACAUUUCGCAGUCCACAGUAACCACUGAUGACUGCUGCCCUCAGUGUCGACGAAACAGGCGUCAUCAUCGAUCUUCAUACAACAGCUGAGCUGAUUGUGCUAUCUCGGACUUCAGAGUGUACUCAGACCUUAACCAUACUUGCAUCUGAAAAUCGCUCAAACUGCAGCAAGGUCAGGAGUGUCAGGAGGAUCGGCAGUAUCGACAUGUACAUAUUAAAAUGUCAACGAGUUCAUACACCAGCAUAGCCAUUUUUGGCGCCUGUGUUAUACUGUGAAUACUAUAUAAUUGUAGUUAUAUAUUUAUAGCCCAGGGGUGGCUAAACUACACCCCAUGGGCCGAUUAAAUCAGUUCAGCCCAAGACAUUGUUUCGAUAUCAUGAAUAACAUGGCCGUCUAUUUUUACUCUCUCAUAGCACGGAGAAUGUAUUGUAAUGACAAGAAAAUUGAAAUGUUCAUGGAAAUUCAAAUUUUUUUGGGAUCCUAGUAUAUGUAUGUACUAUACUAGAUAUGAGGAUGGAGAAAUGGUGCUCACUCCAGACUGGUUUUAAUCCAGGAGAAGACCAAUUAUUGCUCAGGAUAUCAUGUCGGAAUUAAUCAUUAGUGUCAUUAUUGUUAUGUUGUAUUUUGAUGCAUACAAAUGACAGUCAGUACUGAUAAUGGAGCUAUUUUAACUUUUUCAGGUAUUGAAUUCCUCUUGUAGGAUCUUCUGUCUUACAUUACUUUGAUGCACAGGCCUGAGUGAAAAUAAUUACCAACACUACGAUAGCAUGAGUGCUGCCUAUAAUUCUGCAUAAAGACUGAGUUCCUUGAAACCAGUCAGUCAGUGAUGGAUGAAUAUUCUGAAGAUAACUGGCUUAAGAGGCUCUUUUGUUUACUGGAGAAGCUUUGUGUGGUACCUGUUUUCAAGGAAUGGAGAUCCUUGAAGUUGUUUAAUACAUAUUUUAUAGGAAACAUGGACAUAAGUUGUAAUAACAUCAUUAAUAUUUAUGAAAUAACAGAUGUAUUUUAAGUGUAUCCAAUUAUAUUAACAUACGAAGUAGGUAAUAUAAUUUAGAAAGAAAAUGGUGAGAAGCAAACGUAUUACAAACGAAGUAACAGAUGUUACAUAUCAGUUGUUUUGAUAUGACCAGCAUGUUCUUGUGCUCAUUUUUAGCCUGAAUGUCAAAUCGCUGGUUGAGACACUGUGCAAAUCCCUGUCUGAACCAGUCUUGCCAAAGCAUGAAAGUCAACUGUAAUUAAGUUGUUAUUGCAAGAAACGGCAUAUUAGUAUGUAUAUAUGAGUAUUUAGUGCCUAUUGGUUCCCCAGCUGGAGCAUGACACUCUUCAUGUUGAAAGUCAGACUUGAAGUUGUAUCCUGUGGUAAUGAACUUUGACAGUACUCCACAAAACCUUACAGAAACCAGCCAUAAUUGAAGGACUUGACCAAACAAAUGCAUACACAAUUCACCUAUGUUUAUGUCAUGUUAAAUGAUUGAUAUGUUGUGAGGGUAAUCCCAUUGUGUCAUAAGUUUUAGAAUAAAUGACACAGGCUUUAAAUUAUUAUCUUAAUAAGAUUUUCAGAAUUCUGUUAGGAGUCUGCAGCUGUGACAUCAUUGUUGUUACCCAAAAGAACCAAAGAAGACUGAAAUACAAAUUCAGCUGAUGAUCAGGUGAUUUGAUUUCAGUGAAUUUCAGUUGAGUAUAUAUAUUUAUUUAUAUGUUGGUUAUAUUUUUCAUUCCAUACUAGCCUAAAGACUAUUGAAGUUUUAAGCAGUAAAUUCUUAAAAACAACUUCACCAAGAAUACCUAAAACAAAUACCUCAGAAAUUUGUAGAGAAAGAACUACAGUUAUACCAAGAUGCUAAACUGACAGAUUAUGCAUCAGUGUUACCAUCACGCAUUUCCACACACAAUAAAUUAUACAACUUUUUCUGGUGAUGCUUUCUCAGUACUGAGAUUGUAUAGCAUCUGAUAGCAGGAUGACUGAUGAAUUGGAAAGUAUUUGGAAGGAAACAGCCAUGGCCUAAUCAAGUUACUAUCCAGACAUAUGCAUGGAAUAACUGAGUAAAACCACCACAAAACUUACACCAGAUGGGUGCUGUCCGAGUCAAGAUUUGAACUAAGCAUCUUCCAGAUACAGAUUCUCAGUCUAACUUCUAGACAAACCAGUUCAGUAAAAUACAUGAAAGGUAUAUACUCACUGUGAUCACAAUCCUGAAGCAUAUCUUAUUGAGGAAGGAAACUGACAUGCCUCUCAAAUCCAUGCAUUUAACAACAAAACUAACAAUUCUCCUGUAAUUGUAUAAGGAGGAGAAUUUGGGGGUGUUUAUUUUUGUGUGUGCAUGUCUGCGUGUACAAGUCACUCUUUGAGAGAAGAGUGCGAGGUGAACAUUCGAUUAUUAUGUAUAUGAUUAUGAAUAUUCAUCUAGAACUCAUGUAUAUCAGUGGUUUUGGUAUUGCUUUCUCAUUGCAUCUCCCUCUCUGUCAAGUUCUCGCAUAGUGUCCAAAAUGUACAAUCAGUCUUUUUAUUGUUUGUGAAUCACAUCUAUUGGUGAUAUCAAGUGACUCCCAAGCUCUUAAUAUGGUUUACAUACAAUUGUACAUUUUUACCUAUGAUGCAAUCAUUGAAAAAUUUUCCUUGUAUUUAGAAAAAUCAUUCUGUAAGUGAACUGGGAUUGCUCAGGUGGUAUAGUGACUAGACUACAGACAGGUAACCAUCAGUCAGGGUUCAGUUAAUUCGAGAUGCAAGAUUUUCUUUUCUUCUCCAGUGAUGAUGAUAAAUUGAAUCCAUCAUAAAUAUGUUUCACUAUGUAGAAGCAUGGAUUUAUAGGAGCAAAUGGGAUGUGAGCUGGAAAAGUGAGAAUAGGUGUUCAGUUGUCAGCAGGGAAAUAAAUUAUUCUCUUCUCCACAGCAUCCAGUCUGGUUCUGGGACCCACCCAGCCUUCUGACCACUGGAUGCCAUUGGCUCCUUCCCCAGUAGUAAAGCAGCCAGAGUGUGAAGCUGACCUCUCACCUCUGAUAAAUACCAGGGUUAGGAAUUGUGUGCACCUAUAUAGCACUGUGUUGCCUAUUUAA